GCGUUUUGGUGUGCGAGCGUGCGCGUGUCAUUGUGCCGUUGUACGAACGUUUUAUUUCAAAUACUCAACAACAAAAAAUAAGGAUACGCAUAUCCUUUUUCAAAGCCAAAGAGAAAAUAAACAAAAUUGUAACAAAAUGCUGGCGAAUUUACAUUCAACACUUUGUAAUUUGGCUGCUUUGCUGUGCCUUGUUGCGCUUGCGCAGGCCACAUACAAACUGCAGGAGCGUUAUAGUUGGACCGAAUUGGAUUUUGCAUUUCCUAGUCCUGGUUUAAAGCAACAGGCGCUCGCCAGCGGUGAUUAUAUACCACAGAAUGCAUUGCCUGUCGGCAUGGAACACUGGGGCAAUCGGUUGUUUGUGACCGUGCCACGUUGGCGUGAUGGUAUACCGGCUACAUUGACUUAUAUCAAUAUGGAUCAUACUCCGACGGGUUCUCCAGAGCUGAUACCAUACCCUAACUGGCGCAGCAACACAGCUGGCGAUUGUGCGAACAGCAUCACCACGGCGUACCGCAUCAAAGCGGAUGAGUGCGGUCGCCUGUGGGUGCUUGACGCCGGAACUCUUGGUCUCCUCAACACCACCACCUAUCCAUGCCCAUAUGCCGUGAAUGUCUUUGACUUGCAAACGAACAGGCGCAUACGCCGUUAUGAGCUGCGUUCGGAUGACAUUAAUGCGAAUACGUUUAUUGUCAACAUUGCCGUUGAUAUUGGCAAAUCAUGUGAUGAUGCAUUCGCCUAUUUUACCGAUGAACUGGGCUAUGGUUUAAUUGUAUACUCGUGGGAGCAAAAUAAAUCGUGGCGUUUUUCGGGACACUCAUAUUUCUUUCCCGAUCCACUGCGUGGUGACUUCAACAUUGGCGGCGUGAACUACCAAUGGAGUAAUGAGGGUGUUUUUGGUAUGUCACUCUCACCCAUACGUUCGGAUGGUUAUCGUACCAUGUUCUUCAGUCCACUGGCAAGUCAUCGCCAGUUUGCGGUGUCGACACGUAUUCUGCGUGAUGAGAGUCGCGUUGAGAAUAGCUUCCACGAUUUUGUGGCGCUGGAUGAACGUGGCCCCAACUCGCAUACGACAGCACACGUUAUGAGCGAUGAUGGCAUUGAGCUGUUCAAUUUGAUAGAUCAGAAUGCGGUCGGCUGUUGGCACUCGUCCAUGCCGUAUCAGCCACAAUUUCAUGGUGUUGUGGAUCGUGAUGAUGUUGGUUUGGUGUUUCCCGUCGAUGUGAAGAUCGAUGAGAAUAGGGAUGUUUGGGUACUAUCCGAUCGCAUGCCGAUCUUUUUGUUCUCCAAGCUGAACUACAAUGAUGUGAACUUCCGUAUCUAUACUGCAGCAUUAAGUACUUUGAUUGAGAACACAGUCUGCGAUAUACGUAACAAUGCUUAUAGUCCGCCCCUCUUCCGUCAAGCAGAUGUGCCACAUGUUGCGCCGUCAAGCCGCAAUUAUUUAACACCAGUUGUGGGUACCGGUUAUAGUGGAACCGAUCCAGCCAAGGCUUAUGUAUUCAACAAUGGUAUGUCUUAUGAGAUCGGUAGUGGUGGUCCACAUCUAUUCCCACGACAUUCGGAGAGUUUGAAGAAUUCUGUUACCACACGUAAUUCUGACUGGUGGGUGCGUCACUGAGCUGUGGUUGCUUCAAGUCAUUGUGUUUUCUCUUCUCAUCUGCCAAUUCCAACCACGGAUCCUUCUUCUCUUACAGAUUAGUUCAUCUAGUGCAAUUUAUGUUAUAAUCUUGUAAAUAAAUACUCAUUCUUAUUAUUUUCACAUUCAUGCAAGUAAAUAUACGGUAAAGAGUCAAUGUUUUAGCUAUUAA